AUGUCUAUCCUCUUCAAGAACCUGCGCGUGCAUCAGAUUUUUGGAGCCAAUACUGAUGUCGGAAAGACAGUGCUUACUUCGGCUCUGGUUCGCGCUUCCGCGGCCUUGAAAAACCAGGUGUUCUACCUGAAGCCGGUCAGCACCGGGCCUAUGCAGGAUGCAGACGAUGAAUAUAUCUGGCGUCACGCAGGCGCGCGCAAAGAACUCGUUCAUACUCAAUGUCUUUUCCGCUUUGACGAACCAUUGAGUCCGCAUUUGGCUGCUAAAAUGGCAGCAGAGAAGGAUGGCAACGUCAUCACGAUCCCCUCUGACGAAACGUUUGUGACUUCCGUCGCGAGCCAUAUUCGCCAGUGUGCAUCUCAAUCGUCUGCAGGCGCACACAUGUACGUCGAGACUGCUGGAGGCGUGCAUAGCCCGACGUUGUCUGGCACCACACAACUUGACAGUUACAGGCCGCUCUUCUUGCCCACCAUCUUGAUCGGAGACUCAAAACUGGGUGGUAUCUCCUCGACAAUUUCGUCAUACGAAUCGCUUCUCCUGCGGGGCUAUAUCGUGGACUCCGUGUUGAUAUUCAAAGACGAAUACUAUCGCAACUGGGAGUAUCUGGCAUCGUACUUUGCCGAACGUGGAGUCAACGUCUCGGCAUUUGAUCCCCCGCCUCCUCGGGAAACUGAUCUGGAAAAGAAUUUCGUUUCUACGGAGCAAUAUUAUGGAUCUAUUGUACCGGGCGACAACGAAGGUGGUUUAUUCGAGGUACUCCGCGUUCUCGAUGAUUGCCAUAGUCAACGAAUAGCCGAACUAGAAUCCAUGCCUAGUCGGACCCUCGAUACCGUUUGGUGGCCCUUCGUUCAGCAUGGCCUAGCCAAACAUCCAAAAGACGUCAAUGUCAUUGACAGCGCGUGGGGUGACUACUUUUCUGUGUAUAAUGGCCAUAAAGGCGCUUCGCAGCUAUCCAUCCAAGGUGCUACCCACUCUGUCCUGACUCCUCAAUUUGAUAGCUCGGCAUCAUGGUGGACGCAAGCCCUCGGGCAUGCGCAUCCGUCCCUUACACUAGCCGCCGCGCGCGCUGCAGGGCGGUACGGACACGUCAUGUUCCCCCAGGCGACGCACCUCCCAGCGCUCAGACUGUCUGAACGCCUCGUCAAGGACGGGCCAGGAAAAGGCUGGGCAUCGCGCGCGUUCAUCUCUGACGACGGAUCUACGGCAAUGGAAAUCGCGAUCAAGAUGGCGCUCCGCGCCUGGUCUGUUCGUGAGGGCAGGGACCUGGUGAACACGGACAAGAAGAACUUGGGCAUCAUUGGCCUCAAAGGUAGCUACCACGGCGACACCAUCGGUGCCAUGGACGCGUGUGAAGAAGGGGUCUAUACGUGCGAAUGGCAUCAAGCGAAGGGCUACUGGUUUGAUACUCCUUCCGUAUCAGUGCGUGGAGGGCGGACGGUUAUCACGGUCCCCGAAACCAUUUCCCAGGAGGGACAAGUGGAGGUUGAAUCUAUUGCUUGGGCUUACGAUGUUGCAAACCGGCUGGAGACCCCCUUGGCCGAUUUAUAUCGGAAACACAUCCAAGGGAGCCUGCAAAAAUUGCGCGAAAAGGAUGGACCGCCAUUUGCUGCCCUUGUGCUAGAGCCGCUUGUGCUGGGUGCAGGCGGCAUGGUAUUCGUUGAUCCUCUAUUCCAGCGAAUCAUGAUCGAUGUCGUCCGCGGCUCCUCGCCCUCACCUACUUCCUCGAACGAAUGGUCCGGCCUCCCUGUCAUCUUCGACGAAGUCUUUGUCGGCCUCUACCGCCUUGGGCUACAAAGCACCGGACCUCUCCUUGGUGUCAACCCCGACAUCUCGGUCAAUGCUAAAAUCCUCACGGGGGGUCUCGUGCCCCUCGCAGCCACGCUCGCGACGGACUCCAUCUUCCAGGCAUUCCUGAGCGACAGCAAGAUCGAUGCCUUGUUGCAUGGACACAGCUAUUCCGCCCAUGCCGUGGGCUGCGAAGUCGCGAACGAGGCACUGAACAUCGUGGAAGGACUUGCGGAGGGCGAGGCUUGGAAUGAGGCUCGGGAGAUGUGGAGGGGCUUGACGCCGGAGAGGGAAGUCGCGAACGUGUGGAGUUUCUGGGAUCCUGGCUUCGUCGAUGCCGUAUCCAACCUUAGUGCGGUCAGCGAAGUGAUGACACUGGGUACGGUGUUAGCAAUCAAACUCGUGGAUCGCCACGGCGGAUAUCAGUCGCACUCGGCAGAGACUGUGCUCAAGUCGUUGAACUCUGCGAUUCACGGUAAAGAUGGUGGGUCGCCUGCGCCCGGGGGCGCGCAGUUUGGCAUGCAUUUUCGGACAUUGGGUAACGUUGCGUACUUCAUGACCAGCUUGAAUACCUCGCCCAAAACCAUCAGGUCCGUAGAAGAUGGCAUAUGGUCUGUCCUAGAGAAGGCGAGCACGUAG